AUGAUGGUCCACUGUGCCGGGUGCGAACGGCCCAUCCUGGACCGGUUCCUCCUCAACGUGCUGGACAGAGCCUGGCACGCCAAGUGCGUCCAGUGCUGUGAGUGCAACUGCAACCUCACCGAGAAGUGCUUCUCCAGGGACGGAAAGCUCUAUUGCAAAAUGGACUUUUUCAGGCGGUUUGGCACUAAGUGCGCGGGCUGUCUGCAGGGAAUCUCGCCAAACGACUUGGUGCGCAAGGCGCGCAGCAAGGUGUUUCACCUGAACUGCUUCACCUGCAUGGUGUGUAACAAGCAGCUGUCCACGGGAGAGGAGCUCUACGUGAUAGACGAGAACAAGUUUGUGUGCAAAGAAGAUUAUUUGAGCUCCGGGGCCAUUAAGGAAGUCAACUUGAACUCAGUGUCGUCGUGUACUGACAGGAGUUUAUCGCCGGAUCUGCAGGACCCAAUACAGGACGACAUAAAAGAGACGGACAAUUCAACGUCCUCAGAUAAGGAAACGAACAAUAUUGAGAACGAGGAGCAGAACUCCGGGGCCAAAAGGCGGGGGCCCCGGACCACCAUCAAGGCCAAGCAGCUGGAAACGUUAAAGGCCGCGUUUGUCGCCACGCCGAAACCGACCCGGCACAUCCGAGAACAGCUGGCCCAGGAAACGGGACUAAACAUGCGGGUGAUCCAGGUCUGGUUCCAGAACAGAAGAUCCAAAGAGCGACGAAUGAAGCAGCUGAGCGCUCUGGGCGCCCGGCGGCACGCCUUCUUCAGGGGCCCGAGGAGGAUGAGGCCCCUGGGAGGCAGGCUGGAGGAUGCGGACAUUUUGGGACCUGGGGCCUAUGGUUACUAUGGAGAAUACCAAGGUGACUAUUACGGACCAGGAAGCAACUACGACUUCUUCCCCCACGGCCCUCCGUCCUCACAGGCUCAGUCUCCAGCCGAGUCCCCCUACAUCCUGGGCUCUGGCCCCGGAGCCAUGGAGGGAUCGGGCCACCACCCUUCAGACGACCAAAGGUUCACGGACAUGAUCUCCCAUGCGGAAACCCCCAGUCCGGAGCCGGGCUUACCGAGCUCCCUGCAGCCUGUCCCGGGGGAGGCGUACGGUGGCGGACCCAGUCCUCCUUUCUCCUUGGCCAGUAACUCCAGCUACAGCGCGCCCAUGUCCCACCAAGGCCAGGAGAUGGGAGAAACCACAGCCUGGUAA